AUGGGGGGCUGCUUCUCCUCUUCUGCGAUCCCAGAUGAACGCACACGACAAGCUGAACAGGUUAUGCGAGAAGCAAAGAAGUCGCUUCAGAAUUAUACCAAAGUUCUGCUCCUAGGGACUGGAGACUCGGGGAAAUCGACAAUUCUCAAGCAAAUCCGACUCAUCAAUCAGGUCCCGUUUAGCCCUGAAGAAGUCGAAGGAUUCCGGCAUGUCAUCUUCUCCAAUCUCAUCACCUCUAUGAUCAUGCUCUAUGACAUUAUUGAGGAUGAGUCUCUGGAUCUCGACUGUUCAGACGACAUUAGGCAUUUGUUUGCCAGCAUUCAAGCCGCGCCUGACAUCUCGGCGGGGAAGCCAUAUCCCGCUGAAUAUCUAGGGAUUCUGCAAAACCUGUGGAAUGAUGCCAGUGUGCAGAAAGCCGUCCUCUUUGGUGCCAACCUUGCGCUGCCUGACAAGUUGAGUACGACAUUGGGUGUAACAUACUUCUUCGACAAUUUGCCUAGACUUUUCGCACCAGACUACAUCCCUACCCAGCAGGACAUUCUGCAUUCUCGGGUCCGUACAACCGGAGUGAGUGAGACGCAAUUCGUCUUUGAAAAGCGAACGGUCUCCGUCAUUGACGUCGGUGGUCAACGUUCAGAACGCCGGAAAUGGAUCCAUUGCUUUCAAGACGUGACCGCGAUCCUCUUUCUUGUUUCACUCUCGGGGUAUGAUCAGACACUGACCGAGGAUAGACAGACGAACCAAAUGCUCGACGCCAUGACAGUCUGGGAAUCCAUCUGCGCGUCCCCGUGGUUCGAACGGACCAAUUUUAUUUUGUUCCUGAACAAGGAAGAUUUGUUCAAGCAAAAAAUCAUACACUCGACCAUUCGGCGUUUCUUCCCCGAUUUUGAUGGUGUGGAUGGUGACUACCAGGCGGGAGAGAAGUAUUUCAAAAGACGUUUUACAUUCCUACACAACAAGGGCAUCCAGACACUCAAGAGCACGGUUGAUUCACCCAACCGACCAAAGAUUCCGAUUCCAUCAGAGACCCUGGAUAUUCGCAAACUGUACACAUACUUCACCACAGCGACGGACACCGACAUGGUUCGCAAGGUCAUGGCUAGUGUCAACGACAUUAUUCUCAUGGAUAACCUUGCGAAUAGCUUCAUGGUCUGA